AGUGGAAUGCCCCAGAGUACACUGACUGCAUACAUUUGGAUUUGCAUUCAGCUGUUUUCAGGACGAUACACACAUCACACUGUCAAGACUGCCUUUAUAAUAGGAGACGAAAUGUUGAGACAAAAACAUUUCAACAAGAUGUCUCUCACUGCUUUUUGGAUAGUGCUGCUGGGUUGCUUAAACUGGUGUCAUGCGGCUCCAACCGUUGCCCCAACGGUUUCCCCAGUGGACCAAGAACUUGCUGAGGGGUAUCUUUGGCAGUACUAUGUGGAUGUUGGGUUGGGAAACUCCACAGGACGAAGCCUUAUUAGGAGCAACUUCACUGAGGAUCUAGAGUCCAUGCAGGCUUUCUUUGGCCUGGAGGUAACUGGCGUUUUGAAUAAUGAAACUUUGGAGGCGAUGAAGGCUCCCAGGUGCGGUGUGUCAGACGUCAGCCGAUAUGCACACUUUCAAGGGAAACCCAGAUGGCGAAAAAGAAUCAUUACAUAUAGGAUCACCCAGUACACUCGAGAUCUGAGCCAGAGAGACGUGGAUUCGACCAUUGCUAAGGCCUUUCAGAUCUACAGUGAUGUCAUCCCGCUGGACUUCAAACAGAUUUACAGCGGCACAGCGGACAUCAUGAUUCUAUUCAAGGGUGGAUAUCAUGGGGACUUUUACCCUUUUGAUGGGCCAAAUGGGGUCUUGGCUCAUGCUAACUCUCCUGGAGAUGGUCAGGGAGGGGACACACAUUUUGAUGAUGAUGAAAACUGGACUUUAACCCAAAGAGGUGUGAAUCUGCUGCUGGUGGCAGCCCAUGAGUUUGGCCAUGCUCUGGGCCUGGAUCACUCCAGGGACAGAAGUGCCCUGAUGUUCCCCACUUAUCAUUACGUCAACACGAACGGAUACAGGCUGCCUGAUGACGACAGGCGUGGGGUUCAAGCCCUUUAUGGCAGCCGCACAUCUCAGCCAAAACCAGAACCAAGACCCAGACCAACUCCUCGUCCUGCACCAGAGCCAGAGGAACCAGAGGAUACUAACCCAAGAGGUGAGCGUUGUAGCAGGGACCUGGUGUUUGAUGCUGCCACAUCCAUUAGGGGAGACCUGUACUUCUUCAAAAAUGGACACUACUGGAGAAAGAGUACAGCCUUCCAAGGACUCCGUUUAAUUAAAGUAAGCACAAAAUGGUCAGGAAUCAACCAAGUGGAUGCUGCCUGUGAAGUCCCAUACAAGGACAUGGUGUAUCUUUUUGAAGGUCGUCAAUACUGGGCCAUAAAGGCUACUAGUAAAACAAAAGUAGCAGGAUAUCCAAAGCGUAUCACCUCCCUUGGCUUACCCUCCUCAGUGAGUAAGGUGGAUGCAGCUGUCUAUGAUUCAAGGACUGGGAAAACACUCAUUUUUGUGAAUAGACAAUAUUGGAGUUAUGAUGAGGCCAGAAACCAAAUGGACUCUGGAUACCCACGAUCCAUCAGCCAGAAUUUCCCUGGCAUUGGCUCCAAAGUAGAUGCAGCAUUUGCCAAUGCAGGUGAGAAAUAUUCAUUCACAUUUAGCUCGUCCCUGUCUCCUAUGGAGUCACUCAACACUUUUGAAUCUGAGAUGGAGGCGGAUGGACAGGGCAGCUACUCUCUGUUUCCUGCUCUGGAUAGCAUUGCCAGUCUGUCCGGGACUGCUGAAACUCUGGAGAGCGAACCACCAAGUGAAAUCGCAGAGAAGCCAAACCUCACAUGGCUGGAUGCUGCCCAGAUUGUUUUGGAGGAAGCGGGACGUCCCAUGCACAUAAAGGAGAUUAAACAAAGAAUCAUUGACAGAGGACUUGUUCAAUCUAAUGCAAAAUCAAGUCUGGAGGCUGUCAUGUAUCGUGAGACACAAAAAGGCAGCAGGAGAUUCAAGAGGAUUGAAAACAGAAACGGAGUCUUUGCACUGCUGACUGAUGAGGAGCGGCAGCAGGCCCUACAGGCCUUCACUGCCCAGUCUUUUCUCGGCUCGCCACAGCAAAAUGCCAUCUCCAGUUCUGGCUCAGGUGCCUCGGCGCCCGCCUUCCCCUCCCCUACCAGUUCCUUCGAGCAUAAGGGAAAGAUGAAGAGAGGGCCGCGAAAAAACCAGAACGAAAAGUACCGGCUUAAGUACCUGAGGCUGCGAAAAGCGGCUCGCGCCAUGAUAUUUGAGAAUGCAGCUCUCUGUGAUGAAGUUGCCCACUUAGAGGAGAAGUUUCUGAGAGCAAAGGAGGAGCGCAGGUUUUUACUGAAGUCAUUGUUACAGUACCAGUCUUUGUCAGAGGGGGAGAUACUGCCAACACCCGCGUCAAGCUCUCAUCCAACUGUGCCGCCUGUGGCAUUAACCUCAGGUACAGCUGGGGCUUCAGGCCUGUCUGGGGGGCAUAACCUUACAUCAGUGGUGUCAACAGGUGACGAGGGACCUCUUAAAAAGCCCAAGAAGGAAAGAAAAGAGCGAGGACGAGAGAAUGGAAAGGAGGAACUUCCAAAAAAAAUGUCGAAGAAGAGGAAACUAGCGGACGGCUCUCGGAAGCUGGUGCAACCAAUCGCUCUGGACUCAUCUGGUCGUCCCGUCUUUCCCAUUGUACUGGGAGGCUUAACAGUGUACAGUCUGGGAGAGAUCAUCACAGACAGAAUGUUGUUCCAUGAUGAGUGUGCCAUCUACCCAGUGGGCUUCUGCAGCACUCGUGUCUUUGCUAGUAUGAAAAACCCCGACCAGCAGUGCCUCUACACCUGCCAAAUCAAGGAUGGGGGAUCAGGUCCACAGUUUGAGAUUGUGCCUGAAGAAGAUCCUCAGAAUGCCAUUGUGGCCUCCUCUGCCCUGACGUGCCACUCCAACCUACUUAAGACUAUUGCAUCAGUCAGUUCCAAGUCUGUUGCGCCCAUUGUGCCAUCAGGAGCAGACUUCUUUGGCUUCUCUCACCCCACCGUCCAGAACCUGAUCCAGAGUUGUCCUGGGGCCCGCAAGUGUAGCAACUACCGAUGGAUACGUUUUGAGGUGUGUCGCCCUGGCGAUGGCCAGGUUCCACACAGCUUAUCAGAGGACGACGCCUCUGUCAACUUUGAUGCCUACCAGAGACACCAGGGUUUUGACGAGAAUAUAAAGACGGAGCACAUCACAGGACAGACACCGCAGUCUCCUGGCUCCUCUCAUCAGCACCACCUGACGUCCCCCACCAUGAAGCCCUCUACCUCUUAUUACAGCUCCUGAGAUUCUGCUCCAAAGCGCCUCUGAAAUAACUGAUUGUAAUCAUCAUGAAUUCUCAUUCUUAGGCUUACUUUUUAUAUUAUUCAAAUCAGUAUUCAUUCAUUGUUCAUCAAGCAGAGAAAGAUAAUAACUCAAACCUGUGUUAUUUAUUCUAUGCCAUCUUCUAGGAAGUCCCAGACUGAGCUUUAUUCUCU